AGCAUGCAAAUAGAGAACAGAGAGAAGGGGAGGGUGAGAGAGAAAAGGAGAAAGAUAAAGGGAGAGAGAGUUGAGACCAGCAGGGGUCGGUCCAGCAAAUCAGUCCUACUCUACGUUCUCUACCUGGCACGACUGCUUCCUGGCAUUCAGGUGGUACUGGACAUGGAUUUUCUGGAUCUGAACGCUACCCUCCCAGCCUUAAACAGCUCUGUUUCCGACUGUUCGGAGAUGCUCGAAGGUUUCUGGGUCUGCUUCAGCAUUGUGGUGGUUCUUUUGGGCUUCCCAAUAUCCAUCUGGGUUCUGUGGGACCUGGUCGACAAACACUGCAGAGGAGGUCAGCCCUGGACCCCCAACACCGUGUUCACCCUGAAUGUCACCGUGAUGGACUUGGUGUUCCUGGCCUACCUGCCGGUCAAUGUUGUCAACAUUAUUUUUUUAAAAAACAAGAUCCUAAUGAAAAUCAGCUUUGUGACGAUCAGUCUCAAUUUGACGGGGCGUCCCCUGCUUAUGGCCUGUAUGUGCCUGGACUGCUACGUGGCCGUCCACCAGCCGCUCCGCUACCGCUCUCAGACGCUCUCCAGCAGGGUGAUAAUCACCGCUGUAAUCUGGCUCGUUUCCUUGGUGAACGGAGCUGCAUUCAGCAUGAACGAAGAACUGGUUGGUGCGACUGGUAUGUGGUGGCCGUUCCUCUCCUCUGCGGCGGUCAUCGUGUACUGUGACUGCUGCCUCCUGUGGACACUGAGUAGGUCCAGGACGUCCCGAGGUGAGCCUCACCAACUGAAGAAGAGAGCUCUCGACAUCAUCUCCACGAGCCUGCUUGUCACCGUCGCCAACUACCUCCCUAUGAUGAUCAUGAUCCCCUUCGGAAGAUAUUUAGUUUUUCAGAUUGAAAAUAAUUACUUCUGUCUCAUCAACUCACUCGCCCUGAUUCUCUUAGAGUCAACGUCUGUCUUCAUGCCCGCCCUCUAUCUGAUGAAAGUGGGGAAACUCAAUUUUGCAACAAUAUUUAAACCAUUAUCCCAGGCAGUGGAGUUGGUCACUACACGUGUAUGAAGCAAGCGGUACUCUUUUAAAUUACAAAAAAAGGAUUUGCCUUUUAAAUUGGUUGCUACAUUAUCUGAGGAGGUAAACUGUUGGUGUCACAGCAGAAGUUAAAUGAGUGCCUUUC